AUGAUUGAGAGUCAUGGGAGAGUCCCACCGCUCAAUGUCCGUGUGUCCUAUGCCCUUGGAAUAGUCACCCUUUUUCCCAAUUUGAAGGAUAAGGCGUCACCAACUGGUUAUGAACAUUACUAUGAUCCUCGCAGUGGCCAAGGUUUGAUUAACCAAGACUUCAAGUUGUUGUUGGGAGAGGACACUUCAGGAAAGUUUAUUUCAAAAUGGCCAACAUUCUACAAACCGAGGAUCAUCAGUGUCUGCAAAUGCCUUCGCCCUGGUCCCCAUGUGGAUGACCUGCUGUCUGCUCAAGAGGGAUCUAAUGAUUAUGUUCAUGAAGGUGGGGACGAGCAUGGUGACGUUCCUUGA